AUGGAGGAUCUGAAAUAUAAAUUCUUCGGUCUUAUUAACAAGCAGAAUGCAACCAAAAUCCCGCUUAUGGGUUUGCACCCGGAUCUACUUAAUCCGCCAGAAUCACAGAAACUGGACGACGUAGAAUCAGAAGCCGACCAGUCGACCGAGAGCGAACCUAUCCCCGACCAAGAUAUAUUAGAAUCGAUAGAAGGGAUUUAUUUCAAUACGGAUCAUAGUUUUGAUCCCUCUAGACACGAAUUAGAAAAGUUGCCGAAGGUAUUGCAAUCUAAAGAGAUCGAAAAGUGUUACAAAAAGUUGAAACAGCAACACCAGGUAGUCUCCAAGAAGGUCCUGCAGCUCAUACUGCAGAAGCAGAAUGCUUGUAAAAAGGAAUUUGGAAAUAUCUUGUUGAUACAAGAACAGUUGCAAGAUGUGUUGGAAAUAUGUAGGAUGGGAAGGGCAGAUCUGAAAUUGGCUGAGAGGCAAUUUACCACUGCUAGUCUGGGCAUAUUGGCUAAUUAUAAGAAACGGCAGAUCGUCGAAGAAUUGUUAAACAAUUUAAAUACGAUAAAAACAUUGCAACGUACAGGCGAUCGUUUGCAAGAGUUGUUGAACGAGAAGAAUUAUCCCAGAGCGAUCUCGUUACUCUUGGAAUGUCAAAGCGCAGCGCAGACGUACAAGCACUUCCGUUGCAUUGCCGCUUUGAACGGAAAGCUGCAAGACAUUUUGGAGCAAGCCGAGGAAGCCCUCGAUGUCACGUUGUCGAAGAUGUGCACGCAGUUCGACGUGACGACGUACACGUCCGUCCAAGAAGCUUAUACUUUAUUGGGAAAAACGCAGUCCGCGAUGGAUCAACUGCACAUGCACUUCACCGCUGCGAUUCAUAAUACCGCUUUCGCGACCGUGCACUCGUACGCAGGCGGUGACACGAAGAGGCAGUACAAACAACUCUGCCGAUCGGUGCCCCGCGAAAGCUGCAUCGCCUGUUUAACGGAGUUGUGCAAAUCGUUGUGGACGAUUCUGAGCUCGUAUUACCUGGUAGUGAAUUGGCACAACAGCCAGGAGAGAAAAGCUGAGUUUACCACGGACGAUAAGAAUUUAGAAGAGACCUUUAGCAAACAGUACGUGAAACAUAAAUUGGAGAACAGUAUGAUUCGAGUCUGGCACGACGUUGAAAUGAAGAUAUCGAUAUUCCUGAUGAACGCCGAUUUGACUUACAUCAAGUUCGAACAGUUUGUCCAGGUUUUAGGCAUAGUUAACAGGUUGAUGGAGAUCGGGGAGGAAUUGUGCGACUUCAAGUCGGAGAACCUACAGGAAUCUAUAAGGAAGCAAUCGUUGUCGUACUUUUCGCAUUAUCACGCGUCCCGAUUAGACGAACUUCGAAUAUUCUUGGAGAACGAUGGAUGGGAAUUGUGCCCCGUUAAAUCGAACUUUGUGGCUACUCAGUUGCAGGAGUUCAAGUGUCUCAAAUCAUCGCUCAACAGUUGUAGAUCGUGGAACAACCUGGACAACGCUAACGUCAGUGAGAACGACAGUCCUAUGGGAAUAGAAUGGAUUCAGAAGUGCUUGGAGGGCGGCGCGUCUCCGUUUUCUAUCGGCUUAGACGACACGAUGGACGAAGAUAUUUUGAUGGAUAACGAGGAUAAUCCUCCAGCGUAUUUCUCUGACGAAUCCGACGACGAUAUUCCCGACGAAUUGAAAGACGAAUACGUCGACGAUUCGGAUUAUGCUAAAGCAAAUAAGAAGAAAUGCAAGCUGAAACAGUCGGGACCGAUGGUCACGAACACGACGCUGAGCGUGUUGCGCGUUUGCGGAAAGUAUUUACAAAUGUCCAGAUUGUUAAGAUCGAUCGCGGUCACUGUCAUACAGAGCAUGAUACAGUUCUACGAGUUGUGCUUUUAUACCGUGCACUUGUUCUUCACCUCGGACCUGCAAAUAAACAGCGAUUCCUUGUACAGCCCGAAACUGAAAUUAUCCUUAGCGAGGAUCAAAGAGAAUCUGAUCAUUUGCGAGAACGACGCGGAAGACGCAUCGGUCAAGUCGAACUCCGACAAAGUGCGACAGCCGCAACUCUCCUCUAUCGUGAAUCUCUCGCAACCGGAGAAACUUCACGGCUUGACCGAGCGCAUCGUGGCGGUGGAAUCUCUAAUAUUUUUAGGUCAACAAUACGAAAGCUUGAAACCUUAUCAGGAGCAUCUCAUCGGCGCUAGCCCGCAACGCGGUUUUCUUCAUCAGUUUUACAUGCAAACGAUCGCGUCGACGACCGAUUUGCGAAAACCAGUCUACAUGGCGGUCGCGUCCCAAGCGUUCGACGUUGCGAACAUCUUGAAUUUGAUGAAUAAAGUCAACUGGGAGGUGACAGACGUCAUGUCUCAGCACAGCGGAUACAUAGACGCGUUGCUUCAGGAGAUAUGCGUUUUGAAUGAAAGGCUAAAGAAUAUCGGCAGCUGUCUUCCUUUGUCGGACGAUGUGUACAACGCUGUAUGGGAGAACGUGGCACAUUUGAUAACUCAUACAUUGGUAGAAGGAUUCUCUUACGCUAAGAAGUGUUCGAACGGAGGUAGGGCACUGAUGCAGCUCGAUUUCACGCAACUGAAAUCGAAAUUCGAGACGAUCACUUGUCUAAGGCCGAUGCCUCACAGGGAGUACGUUGAAUUGUAUAUCAAAGCUUAUUAUCUGCCGGAGAAUAGUUUAGAGGAAUGGAUGAAAGAGCACAAGGAAUACUCCGUGAAGCAUUUGAUCGGUUUGAUUUCCUCGGCUUGUCAGAACAACAAGAAAACUCGGCAACGCCUGAUCGCGUUAAUAGAAGAACAGCGGCCCACUAGAUAGCAUAGAGCUAUUCAUUACAGCGCGUCUCAAGAUUAUGUCGAAAUAGGAAUUACGUAGUGGAUGAAUUUCGAAAAUCAAUUCGGUAAAGAGAAGAGAUACAUGUAUUUUCUUCGUGUACAUAGUCGGGAACCCGACGGACCAGUGUGCAGACCGACUUCGUAAACGAGAUGCGAUAGGAAAAGCACGAAAUUGUUAAUCCAGCGAUAUACACCACUUAAAUGUAAGUAAUCGUUUAAAAGAAUCUCAUAUCGAAGUUUUUCAUUUCUAAUCAGAUACACGGACACGAUACUGUUACUAUUAUUAUUCUAAUUCUACGCAUUAUACGGGAUGUAAGAUGUAUAUGUACGUGAGGUUUAUUAUUGAGAACAGUUGUAGUAUUAACGAGUUUCUAAAUGGAACGUACAUCUCCGAAGAAAGGACAUUAUCGACAUUUGUUGAUAAAAGAUUCGUGCACGAGCUUCUCGACUGAUCGCGAGUUAUUACAUAAAAACCGACUAAUAAGGUGUAAAUAAUUUGUCUUAAUAUCCGUUUUAUUUUCAUAGAUCUGUUCACGAUACGAUGUGUGAUAUAACGAUUGAAAAUAUUUUUUAAAUAUACAUGUAUAAAUAUAUAUUGUUCCACACUGAAUAGUGUAACUUUGAUAAAGUUGUGUUCUUCUGAUCAGUUAAGAGAUAAACGUUGUCGUUAAACUACCGAUUGGACAGUUACGAUAGUUUGUAAAUAUUUCAAUGAUCAUUCACGAAAAUUAAGUGCAAUUACAUACGUUCUGUUCGAAUAUAAGUUCGUUUUAUAUCUCGAUGAAACAACGUCCAUUCGUUUUAUAAUUUAAAGGUGUCUUUAUUAUACAAAUAAUAAUAAUAAUAAUAAUAAUAAUAAUAAUAAUAUACAAGUACAUAUAUCUUUUUCUGGAUUCAUCGGUUUCCAAUUUUGUAAAAAUUAUCGUUAUUUAUCUGUAUUAGUAUCCGCUGUAGCGUUACGUUUAUCAUACAUUUAGAUGUUUUACUAGAAACCAAAAGAUUCUGUUGCACCUCUAGAAGUGUUGCUUUCUGAGAAGGUACUUCAAAGUUUGACUCCGUUUCAAGGAAUGUAUGGCUGUUCAUUUUUAUUCUUUUGGGUAUCUACAGCUAGACGGUUCAAAAAUUUAUACAAAAGAUCAAUGUAGUUACCAUAGUACGAAUAUCCUAGCGGUUAAAACGAACGACCGAGAAACACUCUCUCACGCGUAAUGUUGUACAAGUCGUCGUCGACUGUGAAAAAAAAAAAGUGAUCCGAAACGAUCGACGGUGCAUUGAGAAUUCUCUGGCUAAUAGUAGAGGGGCAGCGUUUUCCAAAUUCCUGAACUUUAUGGACCGCGAUUACAGUCAAAUGAAAUCAAGUGUUGAUAAAAUGAUAGUCGUAUCACCUCUAAAUCUGUAACGCGUUCCUCCGUCUAAAAGAUUCGACCGCGUGCGAACGUUCGUUCCUUGGUUUUAAAAAAUGUCUCUGACUAAUUUUGUAUGAAACGAAGGACACGAUUCAUGGAGCGCAAACGUUACGAAACGCUGAUGAUUUUACCGAGUCAACCGAUUUCUUCCUCUUAUGCUCCGAAGCGUUUUAUAUUGAGCCCUGCGUUCUGAAUGGCCCCUGUUAAAAAAAUUGUAGGAAAAUGUAGAAGAAGGUACGCACACGUGUGAACCAAACAAUACCGAAUGCUUACUUUGACAAUAAAUCCGUUUUCGACAAUGCCACUGGCCAACGACAGGUUUAACUAACAACAAUUUGUUUCUUUCUCGAAAUAAAGUCUGUAACUCGACCAUAAAUGCUUUCGCCGUUUGACACUGCGAGCAGAAGAUGAAUAAAUGUAUAGAUGAAACUUG